AACAACGUUUUGUUGGACUAACUGAUGUGCAAAUAUUUUCUUAGUCUGUUUUAUGUAUCGUUUGCAUGCUGAUGAAAACAAGUUCAAGUUAAGAAACGAAUAUAUAUCAACAACAAGUACAUUUAAAAGGGAAUUAUUUGUCGGGCAGCAAGUGUCAUGGCAGUUUAUGAGCUACGAGUUUUGCUGUGCUUCGGGAUUAUUUUAUUUCAAAUCGAAACCUGCCUGUGUCAAGACACAGAUUGCUACGAUAAUGGGACUCCAAUAUCAACAGGUCCUACAGCAAUUGAAGGGGAGUGCGAGUUCUAUUAUAUGUGUUCCAACGGUCAGCUUAUUGAGAUGUCGUGUGGGGAAGGCCUCGCUUUCAAUCCAGAGAUUUCAAAUUGCGACAGGAUCCAAAAUGUAAACGGGUGCCGUGAUUUGGAUGGAACAGCAGGUGCGACCGACUACUAUUGCUACGACGAGCAGGGAAAUUUCGUUGAUAAAUUGCCAUUUCCAAAACCUGGAACGUGCGACACUUACUACGAAUGCUCAUACGGACAAUUAACGGAGCGGAAAUGUGUCCCUGGUCUAAUAUUUAAUCCAGUAAGCAUGGCAUGCGAUUACCCAACAGAUCCUCCAACUUGCAUUCCAAGCGCAACGACAAUUUUUCCAGAUGCUAAUGAAAAUCCGUCGGCAACAAUUUUGCCCAAAUCAACCACAAGGCAAGAUAUAACUCAACAAUCCACCACAAGUCUUGAUACUUCGUCUCAACCACCAACGACCUACUUGCCAACUACAACAGUAAAAUCAACUACAUACACUAUAUUGACAUCAACAAUUAAUUCACAAGAACAAGAUUGUUAUGAAAAUGGAAUUCCGAUUUCAAAAGGUCCGACCGCCAUUGAAGGAGAAUGCGAAUUCUUUUACAUGUGUUCAAACGGACAACGUACCGAAAUAUCAUGCGGAGAGGGUCUUGCAUUUAAUCCAGAAAUUUUAGUUUGUGAUAACAUACAAAAUGUACCAGGAUGCCGAGACAUGGACGGAACAGGUGCAUCAGACUAUUAUUGCUUCGACAAGGAUGGGAACUUUGUCUACAAAGAACCAUUUCUAAAACCUGGAAGCUGUGACACGUAUUACCAGUGUUUGAACGGUAUAUCAAUUGUGUAUGCUAUAUGAAGCAUAAUACAAAUG